AUGUGGCUCUUUGGUUUCUCCACCAGCCACCCAAGAAACCUAUGGAUAAUUGGUGCUAUUCUGCUGGUGGUUCUUCUAAACAUGGUCUUAAAGAAGUGGGCAGUCUACGUAGAAGACCAAGAAAAAAACCAUGGAACUUCAAGGACUGCACGUAGUUUGUGUUGCCCAGGUGUUAUAAGGACAUAUGCGCUCCAAGAGUUGAAAACGGCGACAGCGGAUUUCAAGUUUCAAAUCGGGGUUGGAGCCACUUCUUUCGUGUAUCUUGCGGAGAUUGGAGACGGAAGAUUUGGUGCAGUGAAGCGGGUGAUGGAGGAGAGGGGUGGCAGCAGGAAGAUGUUCUUGGAUGAAGUUUCAGUUCUGCUAAGAAUUUCUCAUCCAAAUUUGGUGGGCUUAUUGGGCUUUUGCUUGGACAAAGGUGAACAACUUCUACUACUGGAGUACAUCCCAAACAAGAGCCUUUUUGAUAAAAUGCACACAUACCAUGGCCAAUUCUCAGGGAUAUUGACAUGGUCUAACCGGUUGAACAUUGCUCUUGACAUUGCUCGAGCCCUUGAGUACCUUCACUCACAAGCCGACCCACCCAUCAUUCACAGAGAUGUCAAGUCCUCUAACAUUCUCUUAGUUGACAAUAACCAUGCCAAGCUUGCUGACUUUGGCCUUUGCAAGUUGGGCUAUGGCACAGAACAUGGCUCACAAACUCCAACUAGUGUAAAAGGUUCAUUUGGUUACAUUGACACUAUUUAUCUUAGUACAGGCCUAGUCUCGCCUAAGAGUGAUGUUUAUAGUUUUGGGGUCUUAUUGCUUGAGUUAAUAACGGGCCUGAAAUCCACACAAGGCUCACUAACACUUGUGGAAUGGACCAAGGAGUGCCGGAAGAGCAAUGGUAUUGAGGCCUUGGCUAGAAUGUUGGAUCCAAAACUAAAUGGUGAUGCAAAUUUAGAGCAACUACUAUCUUUGAUUAGUGUAGCCAACUUGGCAUUACUUGAGAAUUUAGAAGGGAGACCUGAUAUGAGCCAGAUUGUGGAUGUGAUUUUGAGUUCUAUAAAACCCCAACUCCAAUUAGAGCUGCCGGUAUAA